AUACUUUCAGCUUACCCCCAAAAACAUGUGAUUUCUAUCUCUCGCUCCUCUUCCGCCUCCAUACCUCGCCUCGGCCAUCGCGGUCGUGAGUUCGCCGUGGAAUACCCCAUGGGCUCCGGCGAGGACAACCCCGGCGGAACCAGUGGCGGAGUCGGCGGGAUAGUCCGUGGCGCAGUGCUGAAGGCGCUCGUCGUCUUCGGUGGCGUCCUUCUGAUCCGGCGGCUGCGCCGCUCCACCACCCGGUGGGACCACGCCCGCGCCGUCGCGGACGCUCUCUCGGGUGAGAAGUUCUCGAGGGAGCAGGCGAGGAAGGAUCCUGGAAACUACUUCAACCUGAGAAUUCUCACAUGUCCUGCAACUGAGAUGGUGGAUGGUGCCGGAGUGCUCUACUUUGAACAAGCAUUUUGGAGAGCUCCGGAAAAACCUUUCCGACAAAGAUUUUACAUGGUAAAGCCAUGUCCAAAAGAGAUGAAAUGUGACGUUGAGUUAAGUUCCUAUGCAAUUAGAGAUGUUGAAGAGUACAAGAAUUUCUGUGACCGUCCAAAAGAUCAGAGGCCACAGCCAGAGGAAGUAAUUGCGGAUAUCGCAGAGCAUUUGACCACCAUACACUUAUCACGAUGUGAGCGUGGAAAACGCUGCUUAUAUGAAGGAUCAACCCCACCUGGAGGUUUUCCCAACAGUUGGAGUGGUGCAGCAUACUGUACAUCCGAUCUGUCCAUUCACAAGAAUGGUGAAAUACACAUUUGGGACAAGGGUUUUGACGAUGAUGGAAACCAGGUUUGGGGAACCAAGGCUGGCCCAUACGAGUUCAAACCUGCUCCCAAAUCUAAUUAUGAUGACAUGUUCUCACCGUUAAAUUUCUCCGCCCCUUUGUCACUAGAGAAGAUAGAGAACUCAUAUGCAAUCGAUGACCAGUAGAUGAGUAGAGUUCGUCUAAUAAAUUUUGUUGACAGAGAAUACCAUAACAGAAUAGCUUGGAUGUAUAUAUUAACGUUGCCUCUAAUCGCAAGUAGCAAUUCCAUGGCUGA